GUCCGCCCCGGCCCGCUUCCGGCCUGCGCCGGGCCUGGUUCCGGUGUCCGCCCUCCGGCUCCUCCUGUCCGUUGCCGCUGUCGCCGCGAUGCUGCUAUUGUCCCGGUCCCGCGGUCUGAGCAGGGCGCUCGGCCGCUCGCUCUGCGCCCUCCGGCAGGGGAACUGUAAUCUGGGGAGACGCUCUCUGUCCGGUGUAUCUCGGAGCCAGGGGCUGGCUUACACCAACAGCAGCAAGCUUGUGAUAAACACCUCCAGUGUCUUCUCCGUCCGUUACUUCAGAAUCACAGCAGUGUGCAGGAAUGACGUGAUUACAAUUAACACACCAGCAUUUGCAGAAUCAGUCACAGAGGGAGAUGUCAGGUGGGAGAAAGCUGUUGGAGAGACAGUGGCAGAGGACGAAGUGGUGUGUGAGAUUGAAACAGACAAGACAUCAGUGCAGGUUCCAUCCCCGGCAGCUGGCGUGAUUGAAGCCCUUCUAGUACCUGAUGGGGGGAAAGUGGAAGGAGGGACCCCUCUGUUCAAACUCAGGAAAAGUGGAGAUGCUCCCGCCAAGGCCAAACCCACAGUGGCCCCUCCUGCAGCAGCCCCUGCACCUGAGCCUGUGGCUGCUGCCGUUGCUCCCCCUGCAGAGCCAAUCCCCACUACGAUGCCUCCAGUGCCCCCUGUGUCAACACAGCCCAUCGAUACCAAACCUGUGUCUGCGGUGAAGCCGACUGCAGCUCCAGUGGCAGCUCCUGGUGUGGAGCCAGGAGCCAGCAAAGGUGCCAGAUCAGAACAUAGGGUGAAAAUGAACAGGAUGCGUCAGCGCAUUGCUCAGCGCCUGAAAGAGGCUCAAAAUACGUGUGCCAUGCUGACCACCUUCAAUGAGAUUGAUAUGAGUAACAUCCAGGAGAUGAGAGCCCGGCACAGAGACUCCUUCCAGAAGAAGCACAACCUGAAACUGGGCUUUAUGUCAGCCUUUGUGAAAGCUGCAGCCUUUGCCUUGCAGGAGCAGCCCGUUGUGAAUGCGGUGAUUGAUGACACAACCAAAGAGAUGGUGUACAGGGACUAUGUGGAUAUCAGUGUUGCGGUGGCAACUCCCAGGGGUCUCGUGGUCCCUGUCAUCAGGAAUGUAGAAACUAUGAACUUUGCUGACAUUGAGCGAACCAUCAACGAGCUAGGGGAGAAGGCCCGAAAGAAUGAGCUGGCCAUUGAGGACAUGGAUGGGGGCACCUUCACAAUCAGCAAUGGAGGGGUCUUUGGGUCCCUCUUUGGGACGCCCAUCAUCAACCCUCCCCAGUCUGCCAUAUUGGGCAUGCAUGGCAUCUUUGACAGGCCUGUUGCUGUUGGAGGCAAAGUCGAGGUGCGGCCCAUGAUGUAUGUGGCGCUGACGUACGAUCACCGGCUGAUUGAUGGCAGAGAGGCAGUGACUUUCCUGCGCAAGAUCAAGGCUGUGGUGGAGGAUCCCCGUGUGAUGCUGCUGGGCCUCUAGAGCACAGUCUCAAUCCCAUACAACCCAACCAGGGCAGGGACGCAGCACCAGCAGGGGCAAUAUAGGGCAUUCAGGAACCAGCAGGAGUUCAUUCCAGUCUCCUCCCCUCCCCUGUGUCAGGAGGGGUCUUGGAGGGAACCCUGGGGUUAGCUCCUACCUCCUUUCCUGCUCUCUCUCUCGAGAGAGAGAGAUGGUUCAGUUUCUCCCUUGGGCUGUUAUCCAUUGGGCAAACUACCAAAUGGCCUAGGCUCUCCAGAACCACCUUUGUAGCCUCUUUCUCGCCUUCCCCUCCUUCCCCAGACAGCUGAGCACACCUCACCUCCAGCAGAAGCUGCCUGCUACUGCGCUAGGGUGGCCUUCCCCAGCGGCUCCUGUGCCAGUUCAAGUCUACUUCCAGCACUGGAAGGGAGGGAAAGGCUCUUGUGUCUCUGCCACUUGAAAACACCCCAUUCUCAUCCACCCCACAAAGCCAGCCUGGGAUUCCCGGGGUGACUUUGUAGCAGUGUUUGAUGGCACCCCUGCACUCCCCCCUGCUCUGGUGAUCUCAGAGGCAUGGACACUGCAAAGGCUGUCUGCUUCCCCUGCUGUCUCCUGCUCUUCAAACUAGCAGCUGAGGUGCAGCCAUUAGAAUUCAGGCACGUGUUUCCCUCCCUUCCCAGACAGGAAGGCAGAAAUAGCCCCUCCCACCCUCUUCUGUGUUGAGGUUUGGUUCAUUUUCUCUGGCCUAGUCUACAUGGCGUGAAUGUCUGAUGUCUGGCAGGGCAGGGUCAGCAACCUCCACCAGGGGAUGCAGCUCCAUUCCCUGCUGGGCCCUAGGGGCCACCCCUGGGCUUAGGCCACUACCUGCCAGCAGUUAGUAUAAGAAACACCCCCCACCCCACCCCGCAGCUGCCUUUGAAUUACAGCCCAGUGUUGAUGGGUGAAACCAUCAGUUUCCUGUCUGCAAUGGCCUGGCCUGCCCCCUGCUGUGAGACAGCUGGGCAAAGGGCCCCUGCAUCCUAGCCCCAGACUGCU